GCAGCGUUGGCGUCUAGUAGCGCGCGUGAAUUUGAACACACCGGAGAGCGCCGGGCUCCUGUGAGCAGAGUUGUUUGUACGCUUGCUGAGGUGCAGAGGGAUCUUUCCGUGGGUUCCCCGCAGGAGUGGACGCGGGUGCAGAGACUGAGGAGCGAAGGAAUUUAGUUAAGAUGAUGGCAACUUUUACUCCAAGGAAGAGGAAGCGAUAUACAUUGAAUGCUGAUGAUGAUGAUAGCCUAUUAACAGAUAUUUCAUCAAGCAAAUUAAAUUUAAGAUUUGCUGAAAAUCUAUUUCCAUCACCUAAUAAGAAACAUAAUUGUCAAAGCAGUGUUCAAAAGGAAGACAAGUCUUGCUCCCACCAACGCCAUUUCACUUCAAGUCCAUGCAAAACAACUAAAAAUAAUAGCUUGUUAUUUGCAAACCACAGCUCAUUAUUUAAACCAGCUGUGUCUACUGUAUCUUUCUACAAUAAAAAUAAGUACUACCUCAAUCCACUGGAGAGAAAGUUGGUAAGAGAGUGUCGAUCUAUUCCUCUAGCAACUAAAAAUGGAGAUAAACCUUUUCCCAGUGUGACAGAAAAUAUUCAGAGAAAACCAGUCUGUACCAAGAAGAAUAAAAAAAAACAGAAGAGUUUAACUGCUAAAUAUCAACCAAAUUAUAAGCAUAUCAAGUCUAUAUCAGGAAACUUAAAAAUUUCCAAGCCAAAUCAAGUGACCUAUAAGCCAGUUGUAGACAAAAAGGACAGUUGUUUUCCAGCAGAAAAUCAUCCAAAUUCUCCUCCUCGGGUUUUAAGCCAGAAAGUCAAACCACAAGUUACACUCCAAGGUGGAGCAGCAUUUUUUGUUAGGAAAAAAAACUCUCUUAAAAAGUUACCUCUGGAAGAUAAGCCAUUACUUUUGCAGAAAAAUGAACCAGAGGUCACUGAAGAUGCUCCAGAGGCAAAGCAAGUACUGAAGUCCUUGUUCAUGGAUGAGAAAUUAAAUGUUGAGCUACAGGAUGCAAGAAGUAAAAAUGAAGAGAAACUGAGAAAGAAUUCCUCAGGUGCAAUCCUUUCUUCAAAGGAAUGUAAAGUUGAUAAACAUAAUUUUCCUUCAGAGAAGUCACAUGAUGAGAACAAGACAAUUUCUCUGGAGUCAGAGUCUGUCUAUCCCAUCUUCAGUGUUUCUUCAGUGAACACAAAAAGGUCUCCACCUGAAGAACAGUCGUCUGCGGGAUCUAUUCCAUGUACUAACUUCUUGAAACAGACAAAUGUACAGAAAAAUAUUAAUUCCAGAGAUACAAAUAAAGGAGGAAAAGACCAGCUUGUCAUUGAUGCAGGUCAGAAACAUUUUGGGACGACUAUCUGUAAGUCUUGUGGCAUGAUCUAUACUGCUUCCAAUCCUGAAGAUGAAAUACAACAUCUCCAACAUCACCAUCGAUUUCUGGAAGGAAUUAAAUAUGUGGGCUGGAAAAGAGAACGGGUAGUAGCAGAGUUUUGGGAUGGGAAGAUUGUGUUGGUCCUGCCACAUGAUCCAAGUUAUGCCAUCAAAAAGGUAGAAGAUGUCCAAGAACUUGUGGAUAUGGAAUUGGGUUUCCAGCAGGUUGUUCCCAUGUGUCCAAACAAAACCAAAACCUUCCUUUUUAUUGAUGAAAAGAGAGUAGUUGGAUGUUUAAUUGCGGAACCCAUCAAACAGGCUUUUCGUGUCCUGUCAGAACCAAGUGCCAGUAAAGAAUGUUCUAGAGCUUGGCGGUGUUCAGAUAUACCAGAACCUGCAAUUUGUGGAAUAAGUAGAAUCUGGGUCUUCAGACUAAAAAGAAGAAAGCGCAUUGCAAGACGACUGGUUGACACUGUCAGGAACUGCUUCAUGUUUGGCUGUUUUCUCAGCACUAAUGAAAUUGCAUUUUCUGACCCAACACCAGAUGGCAAAUUAUUUGCAACCAAGUACUGCAACACCCCGAAUUUCCUUGUAUAUAAUUUUCAUAGCUAAAGUCAAUUUCAACUACAAAUCUGGUACUAUGUGGAAAAGUUCCACUAGAUAGAAAUUAGUAGCAGAAUGAAAAUCAUAAGACUGUACACAUGUACAUACUAUUUUUUUUCUUUAUAUGUUAGAUAAUUUGUUGAGGACUGUUUGGGAUUCAAAGAAGAAAGAUCUUUGUAUACUGUACAUUCUGAAUUCUUAAUUCUGAAAAACUUCACAGCAAGGUGGUUUUUGCAGAAACUGGGCUACUUUAAAAGGAACACAUGAACACACUUUUAGACUAUGGUUGUCUCAUGCUUCAUCAGUAGAAUCUAAACACAGGCCAUGAGAUAAUUCCUGAAUUCCUUAUGUAGCGAUCCCUUUACAAGCAUACUAUAGCAGCUAAGUUGAAAAUACUUAAAAAUAUUUUGAAUUUCUGAUUUGUAAUAGGAUAGCAGGAAUAAUUCCAUAAUCCCUUAGAAAAUCAAUCAAAAGCAUGCUUAUAAAAUUUAAUUAAGACUAUUUGGCAGUGUUAUCUGAUUUUUUUUAAUUAUAUAAAAAUGCUAGUAGGUAACUGAAGUCAUGAAUCAGAUUAAUGGACCUAAGAACAUAUUGACCUUAUGGAAUAUUCUGUAUACCUAAGUGCACUCAGAUUUUCUGAAUUUGGAUACCCAUUUGUAAAGUAGAAAAUUCAGGUUAUUUCUUAAAGGUCAUUUAACUGAUACCUGGCACAAGACAUAAAGUUGUUUUUGCUUUUUUGUACUAUAUUUUUUGUUGUAAAAUUGGUUCAUCUUUAGUGUAAUUUGCCUGUAAUACUUCAAAAAUUAGUAAGAGUUAAAAUUAUAAUUAUGUAAACAUUUUAAUGUUAUUUGCUGCACAGAAUCUCUAAGUGUUUUAUUAUAAAUUUUAUUAAAAUUUCAUUGUUCAGUGACUUUUGAGAAAUCAAUUAGAUUUUUUUUUUUUAAUAAUUGUUAGUAGUGUAUGUGUGCAUGCAUUUCAAGGUGCCUCCAUGGCAGUUAGAGAAUGACCCUUGGGGGGCACUUCUCUCCUGCCAUAGCUUCCAAGGAUCCAAGUCAGGUAGCCAGGCUUCUGCAAGGACCACAUGAAGUGAUAAUUUGAGUCCAUACUAAAAAUUGAAUUUUACAAUUCAAUUUACAACAGUAAGUCCACAUACCCUAAAGUAGACUGCACAUUAGAGUGUAGCAGUAGAAAGGAAAGUGAGCACUGCACUAGUGGGUACCCUGCCAGCAAUAGCAACAGCCAUGUGACUGUGCUGAAACUUGCUUUGCUACAGCAGCAGGGUAUUUAUUUGCCUUUCUCAAAUAUAAUUCCAUGUGAGCAUGAACUAAACAUCAGACACGUUCCAGUGGACAUUGUACAAAAUACCUAAACACCAUACCCUAAAACUCAAAAGCAAUGAAAAAAAAAAAUCUGAACUUAGUCAAGGGGCCAUGACAUCCCUAAGUGUGGCAUUUGAAUGGGAUCUUGGAACAGAAAAUGUCACUGAACAGUAAAUCUGAAUAAAGUAUGGAGUUUUAUUGCAUUUCAGUACUGGUUUAUUGUGACAGGUACAGUGAUGUAAAGUGCUAAAUGGAAAAUGUGUCUAUAGGAACUGCUGGGACAAAAUUUGUCAAUUAAAGUGCCAGUUUAUGUUUUGAGUCAA